AUCCAACAUCAAUACUCUUCCUCUAUUAAAUGUCUGAAGAAACAAUUCACGACUCACCAGCCAUCUGUACUGAUGAAGACGGAAACAAGGAACUUUUAACAACAACACCACCAUUGAACGUUAUUUUCCUUGGACACGUUGAUGCUGGUAAAUCAACACUUUCAGGUCGUAUUUUGUUGGAUACCGGAAUGAUUGAUGAUAGAGUUAUCGAAAAAUUCAAGAUGGAAGCCAAAGAAAAUAACAGAGAAUCUUGGUAUAUCGCUUAUAUUAUGGAUUGUAGUGAAGAUGAAAAAGCUAAAGGUAAAACAAUUGAAGUAGGUCGUGCUCACUUUGAAACACAAAAGAAGCGUUACACAAUUUUGGAUGCUCCUGGUCACAAGGCCUAUGUCCCAAACAUGAUUUCUGCUACUACCCAAGCUGAUGUUGGUAUUCUUGUUAUUUCUGCAAGAAAGGGUGAAUUCGAAGCUGGUCUUGAAAAAGGAGGUCAAACUAUGGAACAUACUGUUUUAUCAAAGACUUUGGGUGUUGAUCAAUUGAUUGUUGUUGUAAACAAGAUUGACGAUCCUUCUGUUGCUAAAGAUAAGGUCAGAUAUGAUGAAAUUGUCACAAAAGUUAGUGCAACUUUGAAGGGUGUUGGUUGGAAUUUAAAGACUCAAGUUCAAUUUAUUCCAAUUGAUGCAUUGACUGGGCAAAAUAUUUCAUCAAGAAAUUUGAAUGUUCCAUGGUAUUCUGGUCCAUCUUUGAUUGAAGCUUUGGAUGAUAUUAAACUCACAGCUGUGCAUGAUGUCAAUGCUCCUUUGCGUUUACCUAUUAUUGAUAGAUAUAGAGAUAAGGGUUGUACAGUAGUUUUGGGAAAAGUAUUGAGUGGACAAAUCAAAAUUGGACAAAAGGUUGUUGUCAUGCCUAAUAAGUGUGUUUGUGAAGUUAUUGCUUUAAAGAGUCACGAAAUUAAUAUUCACGGUGGUGUUGUUUCUGCAGGUGAAAAUGUUGAAUUAUAUUUGAAGGGUGAUGAUGAUAAUAUUGCUUCCGGACACACUGUUUGUGAUCCUGAACACUUAUUGGAACCAGUUCAAGAAUUUAUUGGAUCUUUCCACAUUUUGGAUAGCUCUGAACAUGUCGAUAUUAUUUCAUCUGGUUUUAGUACAAAUAUGCACAUUCACACAGCCAUGGAAACUAUUACCCUUACAAAAUUGAUAAGCAAGAUGGAUAAAAAGACAGGCAAACCACUCGCACAAGUUCCAAAGUUUGUUCAAAACAAGGAUACUGCUGAAGGAGUUUUCAGAUUAGAAAAACCAAUCUGUAUUGAAAAGUUUGAAUCUUUGAAUGCUAUGGGUAGAUUUGUUUUACGUUCCGAUAGAACUAUUGCUGUUGGUAGAGUGAAGAAGGUAAAACCAUUGAAGUAAAUUUGGUCAAACCAUUAAACUUUUUGU